GUCCCGGCGUCCCGGAACAAGCCCCGCCGCCGCCGCCGUCGCCUCCUGCUUCGGCCCGCCGGCAGCAUGUCAGCUCCCGGCGCCGCCUCCCGCAGGUGACACCCGCCCUUCCGCUGCCGCCGCUUCCCCUCCUAUAUGGGCCACCUGCUCUCGAAGGAGGCAAGGAGCCUGAGCCGGGAUCGCCGCCGCCCGCGGGGGAAGGUGCCGCCGCCGCCGCGCAGCCGGAGCUGCUUCCUGCGCGGGCCCUGCAUGCUCUGCUUCAUCGUGCACGGCGCCAGCCCGCCCGCCCCGGAGCAGCCGCUGCCCGCCGGGGACCCGCUGCUGCCGCCGCCGCCGCCCUACGUGUCGCUGACCGCCGCGGAGCAGCGCGUCGCCCGCCGCCUCCUGCGCCUGGCGCCCGCCGCCUGGGAGCCUCCGGGCCGCUGCCAGCGCCUCUUCCUCUCCGGCCUGCUGCCCUCACCGGUACGGGGCCUCCUGGGGCCGCCCGGAGAGGUCUCCUCCGAGAUGGUGUGCAAGCGCAAGGGGGCCGGGCUGCCCGCCUGCCCGCCCUGCAAGCAGCCGCGCUGCGCCGCCGCUGAGCCCGAGCCCGGCGCCUGCCAGUGCCCGGCGGAGCCGCAGCUGCUCGCCCUGCCCGGCGCCGCGGGGGAGAGCGGCGGGGGCACCGCCGGGCAGAGCGGCGGGGGACAGCCUGCCUCGCCGCCGCCUCCGGCGCCCCAGGACGAGAAGGAGCAGGGCCGGGAGGAGGAGAAGGAGCGGGGCGGCGAGGCGGGCUGCGAGGAGCCGCUGGAGUACCCCGGCGACAGUUGCCGGGAGCUGCCGCCGCCGCCCACCCCGAACAUCAACCAGCUGCCGCCUUCGAUCCUCCUCAAGAUAUUUUCCAACUUAUCUCUGAAUGAGCGCUGCCUUUCAGUGUCAUUAGUCUGUAAAUAUUGGCGUGACCUCUGUUUAGAUUUUCAGUUUUGGAAGCAACUGGAUCUCAGUAGUCGUCAGCAGGUCACUGAUGAGCUCUUGGAAAAAAUAGCAUCAAGAAGCCAGAAUAUUACUGAAAUCAAUAUUUCUGAUUGCCGCAAUGUAUCUGAUACGGGAGUAUGCAUAUUAGCAAUUAAAUGUCCCGGGCUCUUAAGAUAUACUGCCUACAGGUGUAAACAGCUUUCUGACACCUCUAUUAUUGCAGUUGCCUCUCAGUGUCCUCUUCUUCAGAAAGUUCAUGUGGGCAAUCAAGACAGACUCACUGAUGAAGGCCUGAAGCAGCUCGGCUCAAAAUGCAGGGAAUUGAAAGACAUACAUUUUGGGCAAUGCUACAAGAUCUCAGAUGAAGGAAUGAUCAUUAUAGCUAAAGGCUGUUUGAAGCUGCAAAGAAUAUAUAUGCAAGAAAACAAAUUAGUGACAGAUCAGUCAGUGAAAGCUUUUGCUGAGCAUUGCCCCGAGCUGCAGUAUGUUGGUUUCAUGGGCUGCUCAGUUACUUCGAAAGGAGUCAUUCACCUUACCAAUCUAAGAAAUCUUUCAAGCUUGGACCUACGUCAUAUCACAGAACUGGACAAUGAAACCGUGAUGGAAAUAGUAAAGAGAUGCAAAAACCUUAAUUCUCUCAAUCUGUGUCUGAACUGGAUCAUUAAUGACAGAUGUGUGGAGGUGAUUGCCAGAGAGGGACGGAACCUGAAAGAACUGUAUUUAGUAUCCUGUAAGAUCACAGACUAUGCUCUGAUAGCCAUUGGGAGGUACAGCAUGACCAUAGAGACGGUGGAUGUUGGAUGGUGCAAAGAGAUCACGGACCGUGGAGCCACCCAGAUUGCUCAGCGCAGCAAAUCCCUCCGAUACUUGGGACUGAUGAGAUGUGACCAGAGAAUAUGCAAAUAACACUGGCUCUAAAGCCAUGAUAGCCAUGCUGUUCUAACAAAUAAUGCCCAACAGGUAAGUGCUAAACUACCAUAAUAACUUCUAUGUAUUAGCAAAAUUUGCAGCUAUCUAGUAGAUAAAUAAUGCAUCUUCUUCAAGCUUCCCAUUAAAAAAGAGCAAAAUAAGCCACUGUCAGUUGUGAGCCUCUCUGUUGUGGCUGAGUUAACCAUUAAGAGGAGUUUCUGGUAGCGUGAUAGAUUCUGCUGUGGGUCUCUGCAGCAUAACUCUAAUGAAAAGAGACUUUUGACUAUUUUUUGGAUAGGCAUAAAGUAGCAAAUUACUGCUACUUUGGGGAUUCUUCCCUUCCAAGCAAUAUUUCUGUGAAUUGUAGCUUACAGUUUGCAAGUAUGUAUUCAGCUGUAAAUAUCAAAUAUUAUGGGGGACUUUUGCUAUCUCUGAUUUCAUUUUGCUGUUUCAAAGUCACUUCUUAUUUUUCAGCACUGAAAGAUGUUACUGUAACAUAGCAAUUUGCCAGAGAAGUACAGUUUGUGCUGUGAAGUUAAACCAGUUUUCUAUCCAAGUCAGUCUCAGCUAGAUGAAACUUCCAAUGAAGAUUGAGUAUUUCUAUUAUCAAAGUAGAAGAACUGGAUAUUAAACCUUUCAUUUAUCCUUGUCAUUGGGUGCAAUCACUGUUCAGAAGGAAGCUCUCCUUGUUAUCUUUUAAGGACAAAAAUAUUACUUGAUACUGUGGUUACUGUGCUUCAAAAAUAUUUUUCGCAAGACAGAUCUUUGUAAUGGUAGUAAACGUUUCAGUCUGGCUUUUUACUUUUGGCCUUGAAAGUAGAGCACUGAGGGAGGAAAAGCAAACAAUGCCAUCAGUUGUACAUGCUACUGAGGUAAGUGAUUCAGUAACUGUAGUAUCAAUGCAUUUUAAAAUGCCCAGUUGUUCAGCAAAGAUUUCAAAGGGAGCCAACUAGAAGUCAUGGUUAUUAGGUUAAUCUUUUAUUUGUCUAAAGGCUAAAAAAAGCUGUUUACCUGUGUGCUAUGAACUGCAGUCGUCUUUAAAAUAAUUGAAAAAUUAAUCCCCUCACAGCACUGGAGCUGUAAGGGUGUUAGGUUUAACUGGGUUUGUCUGAUUACCAUGUCUUAUGAAGAAUAAAGGUGCUAACUUUGAUGUCUCAAAUUUAAGAGGCACAUCACAGACCCAACCAUCUUGUAUGUUUUAAUUAUUGAUAUCAAUUCUGCAGUGUUAUCCUCACAAAAGAAGGCUGAAAUAAAAUCUUCUGCCAGUGAUGGAUGUGAAGACGUGCAGGACUUUUACCUUUUGGAAAAGGGGACAUAAAGGAGUAAUUGAUCUACCUGCAACAUAGAAUAAUUCAUAUUUUUUCCCCAUCUUUAGUCAUGUUAUCUAUAACUUUUCAUUGCAGACCUGUUGAUAGCAACCAUACAGUACAAGUUUAUUUCAGUAAAGUUAAUUGUGGAGUUACUAAGCAUUUUUAAUUGUCUCCCAAACUGUACCAUAAAUUAAUUAAUAGAUGUAAUCUAUUUUCAUUUUCCAAAGCAAAAAAAAAAAAAUCUCACAUUUUUAAAUGUAUGUCUGCUUGAGCAACUUUGAGUAAAUAGCUUCUAUUUCCAGUUAGAAAUCUGUUACUCUGGACAGCAUAUUGUUUAACCAGGAUGAUAAAACUUCUUCCUUUACAAUGAAAUUAUAACGUGGGGUUUGAUUUUGGUUUUUUUCAUUCUCUAACCAGCCAUUACAUUCUGUAUAUUUAUUUUGUGAUAAAUGCAUCCAAGCCUAUAGUAACAAUGAGGAGCCCCAUCCUGGAAGUCUGCCUAGGAGUCCAAAACUUUUCCAUUCUUCUAGCUUGCCUAUUGUUACCCUUUUCAUUCACUUUCUGCACAUCA